GCUUCAUCAGGACCCCUGAUAUCAUCACUUUAGGGGCUCACUCCACACUGUGGCCAUGGCAGAUAUGUCAAUACCUUUAAAUUCACUGCAAUUCAACAAUAUGAUGAGGGAGGAAAAUGUUGAUCCCCAAAACAGGGGGACAGCCUUAUCUAGACCAAUAACAGAGACAAGAGAAGAGGUCCAAAUGCUGCAUUCUCAUGUACAGCUGCCUAUAGUCGCAACUUCAGCCUCCGACCCUGGAGGGACACCCACAGAGCUGAUGACAUCCCCAGCCUUUGACACCAUGUCCACACCUCUUAUGGGAGCACCAAACUCUGGAGCAUUGUCCCCAUCACUACUGCCCUCCUCAGACUCUGGAACAAUGUCCCCACUGCUAAUGCCAACUUCAGACUCUGGGGCACUGUCCCCAUUGCUAAUGCCAGCUUCAGACUCUGGGACACUGUCUCCACUACUAAUGCCAGUCUCUGAUUCUGGAACAUUGUCCCCAUUGCUGUCCACUUCAGACUAUGGCUUAAUGUCCCCAGGGAUGAUGACAAUUCCUGACUUUGGAACAAUGUCCACAGCACUAAUGGCAGCACCAGAUUCUGCAGAGAUAUCACCAUUGGCAAUGCCAGCUCCAUCCUCUGGAGUGAUGUCUACACCUAUAAUGAGCGCCUCAUCCUCUGAAGCAAUGUCCACACCAUUAAUGCUAGCCCCAGAUCCUGGAGAAAUAUCCCCACUCCUAAUUCCAGAUAUAAACCCUAGGGGAAUAUCCACACAGCCAAUGGCAGCUCCAGGCUCUGAAGCAAUGUCUCCAUUGCAAAUUACAGAUGAAGAUACUGAAGCAAUGUCCAAAGUGCUAAUGACUGCCCUGGCCUCUGGAGAGAUAUCUUCAUUGCUAAUGUCUGGCACCGACUCUGAAGCGAUAUCAUCACUGAUAAUGUCAGCUCUAGCUUCUGGAGAAACAUCAACUCAGCCAACAAGCACCCAAGACUCUGAGGGAAUGUCUACCAUGCUCAUGUCAGGCCCAGACUCUGGAGUCAUGUCUUCACUGCUAAUGUCAGCUUCAGACCCUGGAGCAAUGUCCACACCGCUUCUGUCAGUCCCAGAAGCUGGAGAAAUGUCCACAUUACCAAAGCCAGCCCCAGAGGUUGAGGCAAUGUCCCCGCUGCUAAUGACAGGCCUAGGCUCUGCAGUGAUGCCUGCUCAACUGAUGCCAGCCCCAGUUUCUGGAGUGAUGUCCUCACAGUUAACACAAAAUCUAGACUCUGAAAUCAUGUCUCCUUCAUCAAUGAGAGCAACAGCCUCUGGAACAAUGUCCACACUGCCAGUGAGAGUUUCAGACUCAGGAGUGAUGAGAGCUCCUGCUUCAGGAAGUAUGUUGACAUUGAAGAAGACAGUCCCAGCCUCUGGAGCUAUGUCUGCCCCACUGAUGGCAGUCACCAACUCUGGAGUGACAUUCACAGAGCAAAUGCCAACUACAGCCUCUAGAGUGAUGUCCACACAGUUACCGAUGGCCAAAACAGGAUCAACACCCACAAGCUUUAUGAAAGGUAUGGCUAGUGAAGCAACAUCCACACAGAGAAUGAGAGCCUCAGCUUCUGGAAUGAUGUCCACACAGCUAGUUACAGCCACAGCCUCUGAAACAACGUGUGUGCCACAACUGACAGCCCCAGCCUCUGGAUUGAUAUCCAUGCAUCAAAUCAGAUCUCCAGUUUCUGGAGCAAUGUGCAUGUCACAGAUGAGGAACACAGUCUCAGGACUGACAUCUACACCACAAAUGAGAGCCACAGCAUCUGGAGCAAUGUCCACCCCACUAAUGACAGCCAAAGCCUCUGGAUCAAUGUCCACACCUUUCAUGAGAGAUGCAACCUCAGGUGUGAUGUCCAUGCCACAAACGAUAGCUCCAGCUUCUGGAGCAUUGUCUAAGCCACUAACAACAUCCAAAGCCUCUGGAACAAGGUUCAUGCAACAAAUGACAAUGGCAUCUUCUGGAGUGAUGUCCACACCACUAAUGAGAGACAUAGCUUCUGGAACUCUGUCCAUGCCACAAAUGACAGACACAGCCUUAGGAGGCCCAGAAGGGGUGUCCACACUGCUAACAAGAGCCACAGCCUCUGGAGCAAUGUCCACAUCACAAAUGACAGUCACAGCCUCUGAAGAUAUGUCCAUGCCUCUAAUGAGAACUCCAGGCCCUGAAGCAAUGCCCACAUCACUAAUGAGAGCCACAGCCUCUGGGAAGAUGCCCAGUCAUCCAGUGAACAUCCAGGACUCUGGAGGGAUGUCCACAUCUUUCAUGAGAUCCAUGACCUCAGGAGGGAUGCAGAUGAGAGCCCGGGCCUCUGGAGCAAUGUCUACACCACUAACGAGAACCUCAGAUUCUGAAGGGAUGUCCCCACUGCACACAAGAGCUUCAUCCUCUGGAGACAGGUCCCUGCCACUAAUGAGAUGCCCACCUUCUGGAGAGACAGCUACACCUCCAAGAGCCCCAGUUUAUGGAACAAUAUCUGCUCCACAAAUGACAGCCACAACUUCUGGAAUGAUGUCCAUGCCACAGGUGAAGGCUUCAGUUUCUGGAGUAGUGCCCACGCCACUAAUGAGAUCCACAGCCUCUGGAGGGAUGUCCACAGCACCGAUGAGAACUCCAGCUUCUAGAACAAGGUCCACUUCACAAAUGAUACCCACAGCUUCUGGAGACAUUUGCACACUCCCAAUGCGAGGUCCAGCCUCUGGAGGGAUAUCCCCACCACUAGUCAGAGCACCAGUCUCUGGAGUCACUUCCACACCACUAAGGAGACCCUCAGUCUCUGGAGCUAUGUCCACAGAGUUCAUGAGACCUCCAGUCUCUGGAAAGAUGUCCACUGCACCACCAACAAACAUGGCCUCUGGGGGGAUGUCCAAGCAAUCAAUGAGAACAACAGUGUCUGGAACAACGCCCAUGCCUUUGAUGUCAGCCAUGGCUUCCGGAGAGAUGUCUGUGCCACUAAUGAAAACCAUGGCCUCUGGAGAAAUGCCACAAACAACAUACACAGCUUCUGGAGGGAUGGUUAAGCCACCAAUGAGAGUCUCAACUUCUGGAUCAGUAUCUACACCACCUAUGAGAGCCUCAGUUUCUGGAACAAUGUCCACACCACUACUGAAAACCAUGGCCUCUGGAGGGAUAUCCAUGCCACAAAUGACAGCCACAGCCUCUGGAGGGAUGUCCACACCGCUAAUGAGGACCCCAGCCCCUGGGGCAAUGUCCACACCACAAACAGCCUUUGGAAAGAUGAACACUCCAGAAAUCAAAGCUACAGACACCGGAGGGGCAUCUACCUCUCACAUCAAUGUCACAGCUUCGGGAUCAAAGUCCACACCACAUAAGACUGCCUCAACCCCUGGAACAACAAACCAGCCACCAAAGGAAGUGCCAUCCUUUGGAAUGUUGACCCCAGCACUCUGUUACCUCUUAGAAGAGCAAGAAGCAGCCCGGGGUUCAUGCUCUGUGGAGGAUGAGAUGGAAAUUGAUGAGGAGAAGCAAAUGAAGGGAUUUUUGAAUGAUUCAGAGAAAAUGGCAUUUCUGGUGUCUCUUCAUCUAGGGGCGGCAGAGAGGUGGUCCAUCUUGCAAAUGGAAGUAGGAAAUCCCCUAUCAAAUGAAAAUAAAUCUUUCCUGAGCAGAUCACAGGGCUUAUAUGACUCUCUAUCUGAGAUAGACAUCCUCAGUGCUGUUCUUUGCCAUCCCAAGCAGGGCCAGAAGUCAGUCAGGCAGUAUGCCACCGACUUCCUGCUGCUGGCCCGACAUUUGUCUUGGUCUGAUGCCAUUCUACGGACCAGGUUUCUGGAAGGACUCUCGGAAGCUGUUACCACCAAAAUGGGUCGGAUCUUCCUGAAGGUGGCCGGCAGCCUAAAGGAGCUGAUAGACAGAUCUCUCUACACAGAGUGCCAGCUGGCUGAAGAGAGGGAUUCCCCAGGCAACUCAAGCCAGGUUUUGCCGACAGCCUGUAAGCGGAAUAAUGAGGAGGCCAUGGAGAAUGAACUGAGCUCUCAGCAGCAGACAGAGGAGCACCAACAUGUUCCCAAACGCUGUUACUACCUGAAAGAGCAUGGAGACCCACAGGAGGGACUUCAUGACCACCUUCGACAGAGCAUAGGCCAUCAGAAGGCCCCCACCAACAAGUAGUACUCCUGGGACUCUUCUGUGACAUCUGACUUGGCUGCUAACUUGAGAACUGGUCCCUGGACCCAUUCCAUUCAACUACAUCAUAAACCUUGUUGCCUUCGCCCUCUAGCCUCCCCCUCUAGGCACAUCCCACUUUAUCUCCCACUUGGCUGCCUUGACCUUCUCUUUCACCCACAUGCCUGUGACCUGCCCUGACAAUCAGAGUGUGAACUCCCUUUACCAUCAAGGCCAGUCCUAUUCAUUGGUCCAGGGAGAAGUCUAGGCAGGAGAAAUCAUGUCCUACCUCAAAAACACCUUAGAGUGUCUUGCCGUAUGUCACCAGGCAAACUUGAGGAAACCCUGGUUCCAUUCCACCUGGCAGGGGAGCCUAUAAAGAGUGAUACCCACUUGUGUACCAUCCUUUUAAACCAGUUGACUUGCCCUUGUAUGCCCCAACUCAUAGUACCUAAAAUGGGUCUUCAGGGUCCUUACCCUGUUUAUAGUUUCCAUCCUGAACCAUUUGUUUUGACCCAUAUUAAUAAUAAUGAUAAUAAUAAUAAUAAUGAUAGUAAUGGCUAACAGUUAUUGAUAAUGUACCAUGUGACAGGUACUGGGCUAAACUCUUGACAAGCACCAUCUCACCACAUUGUUAAAGUAACCCCACUUGUUCUUGUGUUGUAAGCUUCUGACCUCUUGAUCUGUUGUUUAUUGCCCUUGUCUUGUCCUUCAGUGUGGAAUCUCUAGCUCUGACCUCUUGGUAACUCCCCUCAGUUGUUAGCUGCCCUCACUCUCCUUGGCUGUUGUGCUUCGUGGCCAGCAUUCUUGAUAAGGGUUUUGGUCUUUCAACAGGCAUAGAUGUUAGAACAUAACAUGAGCAGUGUUUGCCUUCA